UAAUAAAUUGAGAAAUUGAAGUAUCCAUAUAUCCAAGCCCACCUAAGCUCUUUCUCCUCACUCAAUUUUUCUUCUCUCAGCUUGGAGAGCUCAGCUUGGAGAGCCAAAGAAUCCAUAGCAAGCAAAAUGGGGUUCUUGUCAUUUCUUGGAAGGGUCCUCUUUGCUUCUGUUUUCAUUCUCUCUGCUUGGCAAAUCGUCUGCCUUUCGUGAAAUGCGAUUUUGCAGGUUCAAUGAUUUUGGAGAAGAUGGUGGACCUGCUGCUAAGGAAUUGGCUCCCAAAGUGGCUGGUCUGCAGGAUUUUCUUGUAUCCAAGUUGGGGACAGGGAUACCAAAAAUUGAUGUUAGGCAUGUGGUAGCAGCAUUCAUGGCUCUAAAAGGAAUGGGUGGUUUGCUAUUAGUAUUUGGCAGCAUCACUGGUGCUGUUCUACUGAUAUGUUACUUGAUAAUGGCCACUCCACUUCUGCACGAUUUCAGCCACUUUAACAUUGGAGAACCACAGUAUUUCAUUGUUCUACAAGAGUUCCUCCAGUGCCUGGCAUUCCUUGGUGCAUUGCUGUUUUUCGUGGGGAUGAAGAACUCGAUUAAUCGGAGGCUAACAAAGAAAAAGACCCCCAAGUCCAAGACAACUUAGGAUACAUCAUUGAGAAGAGGGGAUUGUAUAAGAUUGGAUUGAUUUUUCAUGGUUUGUUGGUAGCUUUUAUGAUUACAAGUGACUAAUUAACCCUCUCACCUGCAAUUUUUUGCAUAUUUUUUUUUCCUCUUGAAACUAACUGUUAUUGAAUUUAUGGGGGUGCAAUAUUGCCACUGUGAGGAGGUAUUUGAAUUCCUUGUUAUAUUAAGCUUUUGCAAUGUCUUCAUUUAA